AUGAUGGGAGGAUGGUGGUCUUCCUCGGCCAACACGGCCUUGGACGAGCAGAUUGACAGAGCCACCGGCAGCAGCCUGGAGGACAUUGCGCUCAACCUCGAGAUUUCUGAUGUCAUCAGAUCCAAGACUGUGCAACCCAAAGAAGCCAUGCGAUCGCUCAAGCGUCGCAUUGGCAAUAAGAACCCAAACACUCAACUGAGUGCUCUGAACCUGACCGAUACGUGCGUCAAGAAUGGCGGUGCCCAUUUCCUAGUCGAGAUCGCCUCCCGAGAGUUCAUGGACAACUUGGUUUCGCUUCUUCACGCAGUUGGGCCCGCGGCGGUGAACCUGGACGUUCGGAACAAGAUACUGGAGUUGAUUCAGUCUUGGGCUGCUGCCACAGAAAAUCGCUACGAGCUCAAGUACAUUGACGAGACAUACAAGACGCUCCAGAGGGAGGGCUUCCAGUUCCCACCCCGAGUGAACGUUGCCAGCAGCAUGAUUGAUAGCAGUGCGCCCCCAGAAUGGACCGACUCGGACGUGUGUAUGCGAUGCCGGACUGCCUUCACCUUUACCAACCGAAAACACCACUGCCGGAACUGUGGUAAUUGCUUCGACCAGCAGUGCUCAACCAAGACGCUGCCGCUGCCGCACUUGGGUAUAAUGCAACCCGUCCGUGUCGAUGAUGGCUGCUACGCCAAACUUACCGAUAAGGGUGGCAAAGGGGGCUUUGGGCCGCCGGAACGCACGCCCACGACCUCAUCUUUUCCACACAAGAACAGGAGCACAUCAGCCAUGCAGCCACGCGAUGCCCGGGUUGAUGAGGCUUUUGAUGAGGACCUUAAGAAAGCACUCGCCAUGAGCUUGGAGGAGGUUCAGAGUCACUCAGGUGGCCAUGGUUACACCCCAAAUACAACAGCAACCGCUCCAAAGACCAACGGUGCCUCGAACGCGAGUAAAUCAGCCGAUGAGGAGGACGAAGACCUCAAGGCUGCAAUUGCUGCAUCUUUGGCUGAUAUGGAGGAGCAAAAAAAGCAGCAUGCUGCGGCGCUCAAGGAACACACCAGCCAGAGUCACACCGCAUCAUCUUCGACUCCUUUUGCCCUUCCCAAAAAUGACUAUGAGCUGUCGCCCGUGGAGGCAGAAAACAUAAAUCUUUUUGCCACCCUUGUGGACCGCCUUCAGACACAGCCUCCUGGUACCAUACUCCGAGAACCGCAGAUUCAAGAGCUCUACGAUUCUAUUGGCACAUUGCGGCCAAAGUUGGCGCGGACAUAUGGUGAAACGAUGAGCAAGCACGAUACUUUACUUGACCUGCAUUCCAAGCUAUCCACAGUUGUACGAUAUUACGACCGGAUGCUGGAGGAUAGGCUGUCCAAGACAUAUAGUCAGCAUACAGUCUCUGGAUACAAUUAUCCUGCUCCUCGUCAGUCUACUGGCCAAUAUCCGUCCAUGCACGCAAGCGUGCCGAGUGCCUCAGGUCCGGCAGAAAACUUCUAUGGUGUCGAACAACCGGUGCAUUACGCAACCCCACAGCAGUAUCCUCCAUCAGCUCAGACACCACAGCCACAGUUCUCCCAAUAUGAUAGAAGGACCUCUGUCCAUUAUCCUCAGCAACAACAGGCGCAGAGGAGCGAUAGCUGGCAAAAUCAAACACCUUCAGCCCCUGCACAUUAUCCUGGUCCAGGAUACGCCCCCAGUGCUCCCAGUGAGCCUCAUACCCAGAACCAACCCCCGAGAGCCCCGGAGUCGGUCAGCACACCCACUGCUGAUCCCAGUACAGCUUUCUAUUACAAUAACAACCCACAACACAGUCAAGGUCGACAGACGCCUAGUGUAGCGGGCGACCCUGCCACACCUUCACCAUAUCCCAAUCUGCAGCAGCCUGGAGGAUACGCACAGCAAUCAGUUCCCCCGACUCCUGCCUCACAGCUAUCCCAACCUACACAGCCUACGCAGCAGCAACCCGCCCAAGCACCGCAGCAGUACCAACAGCAGCCAUAUUGGCAGCAACCUCAACAUACUGGUCAGCAGCCGCAGACCUAUCCUUCUGGAAAUCCUGGUUAUCAGGCAGGCUUCAACCAAGAAUCCUUCCCUUCGGCUCCACAGCAUGCACCACAACAACCCAUAGUUGAGGAAAGCUUGAUUGAUCUUUAG